ACUCUGACUUCCUGAAAGGGUGGAGUAGAGUAGAGGAGUAGGGGAGAAGACGUCAGACUGUGGAUUAUCUGUUGAUCCAAUUUAACCUUUUUGACAGUCUAUAUUAAAUUGGGAAACGAGCUUUAAGUGAUACAGCAAGGUCCCAAGAAUGACCGAGCAACGGAGUGGCUAUCAGCAGCUCACCAAUGAAGAGGAGACAGGCGAAGUGUCUCAAGAAGUACCCGACGCCCCUCCGCCGUACAACAGCAUUGCAGCGGACAAUGCAGCUAAUUUCACCUUUAAAGAGGACGGAUCUUACCCCCUUCCUCCUUCAUACAACGUUGCUACAACAUUGCCCUCCUAUGACGAAGCUGAGAGGACCAAAACUGAAGCAGCACUGCCUCUUGUCACUGGAAGGGAGGAAGAUUUCAUUGCCAGGGAUGACUUUGAUGAUGCCGACCAACUGCGGAUUGGAAAUGAUGGCAUUUUUAUGCUGACAUUCUUCAUGGCAUUCCUUUUCAACUGGAUCGGCUUUUUCCUGUCCUUCUGUCUGACCACUUCGGCUGCUGGUCGCUAUGGUGCCAUCUCUGGGUUCGGGCUCUCCCUGGUCAAGUGGAUUCUGAUAGUCAGAUUUUCUACCUACUUCCCUGGCUAUUUUGAUGGCCAGUAUUGGCUGUGGUGGGUGUUCCUUGGGUUGGGGUUCCUGCUCUUCUUCAGAGGUUUCAUAAAUUACUCCAGAGUGCGCAAAAUGGCUGACUCUUCCUCAUUUGCUACUCUCCCACGUACCAGAGUACUUUUCAUUUACUGAAGGUCAUCUCAGAAAUCAUUCGUGAAUCUGCAGAGGCAUACACAUCAAAGAGAAGGAAGAGAAUGAAAAACCAAUGUACCAUUCAGACAUAAAUGAUUUUCUUUUUUUCUAUGUGCACAUUUUUACUAAUGGAUGCUGAUAGCUCUGUAACCAUUUACUCAUGAGUGGAUAAUGUCAAGUGCUAUUUUCAAUUUAAUCUGUGAUGCCUUAUGUAUCAUUUGUUAAUAAUCAUUAAUUAGCUUGAGGCAAACUGCUCCACUCUGUCAGCUUGAAAUGAUACGUUUUGCUUUUAGCCAGGAGGGGGCAGUCUUGUGAAACUUUUUUUUAGGAAUUUAAUUUUCUUGAAACCUUGACUCUUGAAAGGUUGGGGACUUUGUUUUUACUUUGUAAGUAAAUAUGUAAUCUAUAGUGAGUCAUUGAAUUUAGUGUUUGGUAUUAAAAAAAAAAGAUGAUGGUUUAAAUGCAGUGAUCCAAACGGUACUGUAGACAUGCAUUAUUUUAAGUAAAUCACUGUUAAAAUUCAUAGCCUACCCAAGCAUUAUGAUACAUUUAUACACAAAUAUACAGAGUUAUUGUUUUGUGGUCGGAAUGAGAAGCUGGUCAAAUCCAAAAGAAAAGACAAGACACAGAAAAAACACACAGAAACCAGGGAUUGAUUUAGUAUUCAGCAGAUACUGAUUGCUUUAUAUAAUGACAUGUUGAGAUGAUUUUUUUUUUCUUCUGGUUUUAUCAAAAGUUGCUCAUCCAUUAACACUGUCCUCAGGUGAGCAGUUAUCCUGUCAUGGAGUUUUUGCAAUUUGGUGUCUAGUAAUAUUAAAUAAAUGUCACUUCAGUAGCAAAC